CGGGGCCAGGACCACGAUGGAAGCGCAGCGGCUGGGCAAGCUGGAGGCUCCAUCAAGGGCCCGGGGGCCGGGGGGCAGCCCUGGGCGGCUGCAGAAGCGGCAGGCGCGCGUCACCGUCAAGUAUGACCGGCGGGAGCUGCAGCGGCUACUGGACGUGGAGAAGUGGAUUGACGGGCGCUUGGAGGAACUGUACCGCGGCAGGGAGGCAGACAUGCCCGAUGAGGUCGACAUCGAUGAAUUGUUGGAAUUAGAGAGUGAAGAAGAGAGAAGCCGGAAGAUCCAGGGGCUCCUAAAGUCGUGCGCGAACCCCACAGAGGACUUCGUGCAGGAGCUGCUGGCGAAGCUGCGAGGCCUCCACAAGCAGCCAGGCCUCCGUCGGCCCAACCCCUCCGGCGACGGCAGCCUGAGCCCCCGCCAGGACCGAGCCCGGACCGCGCCACCCUGACCCUCUCUGGCCUCCGUGACCUGCUCCGUCUCCCCGCCACCCAACGCUGCCCUGGGUUGUUUAUAAGUUGUAUUUAAUGG